CAUGAUCCUGGACGGAUCCAACAGCUACGUGGGCGGGGCGGUGCUGAUUGGGCCGAGACACCUGCUCACCGCGGCCCACAAGGUGGCGCCCUACGUCUCCCAGCUGGACGCCAGGAACCUGUGGGCCAGCCCCAGACGCCUGAAGGUGAGGCUGGGGGAGUGGAACACGCAGUCCACGGCCGAGCCCUACCCGUUCGUGGAGUGCGACAUAGCGCGGGUGGUGGUCCAUCCCAGGCACAACCCGACCGACCUCAGAAACGACGUCGCGGUCAUCACUCUGAAGGCAGCGGUCCCCGCCGGGCGGUUCCCCCACAUCAGGGCCGCCUGCCUACCGGCGCCACACCAAGAUUUCACCAACCAACGGUGCUGGGUCGCUGGCUGGGGCAAGAGCGCCUUCGGGCCGGCGGGCAGCUACCAGAACACCCAGCGGGAGGUGGGGGUGCCGGUGCUGCCGGGCUCCGACUGCGAGCGGAGGCUGCGGGAGACGAGGCUGGGGCCGUCCUACCGGCUGGACCGCGCCAGCUUCCUGUGCGCCGGCGGCGAGCCGGGCAUGGACGCCUGCACGGGAGACGGCGGGUCCCCGCUGGUGUGCGAGUCGCGGGGCCACUUCACGCUCGCCGGGCUGGUGUCCUGGGGCAUCGGCUGCGCGGAGAGCGGGGUGCCCGGGGUGUACGUCAACGUCCCGGGCUACCGCGACUGGAUCGACCAGCAGACGAAGGGCUGAGGCCUGUCGUACUCGGGUGCACACACGAUGUGCAUCGCAAAAGCAAGCAAGACGGAGAGUCGCAACUCAAUGCUAUAAAUAAUGUUCUUAUUUUUCUUUUUGAAAUCAGCGAACUGUGUUUGUAUUCAUCAGUAACCUAACAACCUAAACAUUAUUAACUUUUCAAAAGAAAAUGUUGGCUAACUUGAUUUAUUUUUGACGUGACAUCUAAUACCUAUAUCGAUGAACGCCGGCUGCACGCACGAAAGUGUCCCGUUACGCACAUUGUUCCAUUACACUGCGUCCCAUUAUGCUCAUUGUACGCUUCCGCCGCAUCUAUCUCUCUUCCACUCGACUGUUUAUAAAGUGAAGUGAAAAGUUAAUGUGGAUUUCAUUGCUUAUUACAACAAUAAAUUCGACAAUAAAGGUUCAUUUUUCAUGCAUUUUAAAAAUCUGAUUACUGGUAUAAUUUCAAGUAUUUAUUCUUUUAUUAUGAUUCAAUUUUAUUCAUAAAGAAUGCAAUCAUUUCAUCAAAGUUUUGUUGACAUCACGUUAAACUAUCAUCCGUAAACCGACUUUACAGACAACCAAUUUUUUUUUGUCGUUGCUGGUAAUCACCAGAUGGAGCAAAAGGUCCGAUUCAUGACGAGGAGGGUGAAGCCAAAAGGGGAGCGGUACUACACGUACCAAUAUGGCGGCAGUUUGUUUACAAAUGUAUCAACUGUACCUGUAUUGAAGAUUAAAUUGGAGAAAAAUUUCAACUCAUAUCAUUACAUUUGUAUUAUGAAGAUUCGUUUUGGACUUUUAAUAUAUAUAUGUAUUAACAAUAACAUUUAGAUAUUUUUUUUGAACAGCGUAACAAUAGCUGUUAAUAAAAGAAGGCGAAAACAGCUCAUUCUAAUAUAAACAAAGGUUAAUCAUAUUGGUAUUUGAAAAUAAGAAUAAAAAGGGGCUUCAUGUUUAAAGGCUAAAACCCAUCCCACGUGACGCCUAUUUUCUGCUAUACCUUCUGUUAAACUCAUAAAUGUUUGUAUAGCAGAAGAGAAGAAUUUUGAACUCCAUACACAUUAUACCUAGAACGUUAAAGCUUUAGUCAUAAUACCACGACGAACACAAACCCGACAAACUCUCGCGCAGCGUUUCAGCACGACAGAUUUAAUAGCGUAGGUUCACAAUACCACGACAUUAAGGCGACGAUUUCAGAAUUGGCUGUCAGCAAAUAUAUCCUAGCAAAGUACUUCCAUAAAAUGCACUAGAGUGCGCUAAAAACAGCGUAGAAGAAGAAAAGAACAUGCUAUAUUAACCCAUAUUAUUUUCAUUUUUGCCUGAUUUCUGCAGUCCUUCAGUCAAGUAUACAGAAUAACACGAGCCUGAACUCUGUUAAUUAAAAGUUGUUUGCGAACUCGUCCGUCCUUAAACGAAAUCUUGAUCCAUCAACAACAUUGACCAUAAACACGAUGAUAUCCGUUAUUAUAAACAGAUGAAGAAAAUUUACAAAUAUUAAAGUGUACCAACGUGUAAAACGAAAUUUUAUUUUUCAGCAAAAAUAAUUUUGCUCUGUAAAAAAUUUUCAUUACAUAUAUUAAAACUUACGAUUACUUCUUUCUAUGACUAUUUUAGUUUAUCAGACAUAUUCCAGGGUGAUUUUACUCUCAUAAAAUUUCAUUUGGCAUACCAUUACAUUUGUUACACCCAUGUUUACAAAAGGAACUAUUUACAGGUUUAUAUUGCUGCACGUGUCUCUGCCAUCUUUAAGACUUCCGCUCGUGGGUAUAAGUAGCAGAAAAAAUAGAACACGUUCAAUUAUGGUUUGGGCUAAGACUUAGGUUAUGAAAACUUUUAUACCCAAUGAAUGCUGAAAUGUUACACCAGAGCAGGCGCACAAAGUAGGCAUUAAAUCUGUAUUAAAUUUGUAUUAAAUCUGUAUUAAAUCUGUAUCAUUUAGA